AUGGAUGACAUGGAGUGGACACAACGGCGGCCCAAGCCAGAGGACCUAAGGGUUGGGCUCAUCAGCUGGGCAGGAUCCUACCUCACUUAUGAGCCAUAUAAGAAUACAGUCACCGCUACUGCAAAGGGUUUGGGCCGGAGACAGACCUGGGAAAUCCUGGUCAGCAAUGAGCAUGACACACAGGCCGUGGUACGACUAAGGGGCUUGCAGGGCCUCUACCUCCUGUGUGAGGCAGAUGGCUCUCUGUGCUAUGACCGGCCAAGGACCAGCCACCACGGAUGCUUCCUACUCCGUUUCCACCGCAACGGCAAGUGGACUCUCCAGUGCAUAAUCAGUGGUCGUUAUCUGGAGUCUGAUGGCCAGGACGUGUUCUGCAACUCCCGGGUCCUCUCAGCUUAUCACAUGUGGACCCCCCGGCCAGCCCUGCAUGUCCACGUGAUCCUCUAUAGCCCCCUCAACCACUGCUAUGCCAGAGCCGACCCCACUGUGGGUCGUGUCUGGGUGGACGCACCAGUUCCCUGCCUGGGGGAAUGUGGAUUCCUGUUACAUUUCCAAGAUGGAUGCUACCACCUGGAGACCUCGACACACUGCUUCUUGUCCCACUUAGACCGGCUGGUCUCCCAACCCUCAACACAGACUGCUUUUCACAUGCAAGUGCGGCCUGGAGGGCUCGUGGCACUGAGCGAUGGAGAAGGAGGCAUGCUGUACGCACAGGGCCCACGCCUGCUCCUGGGCCUGGGCUCCAGUCCCCACAGGGGCGAGGAGUGGUUCAUCCUACAGCGUUGCCCCACCUGGGUCAGCCUCAGGGCAAGGACACGGAAGUUCCUCUCUGUCAUCUACGAUGUUGAGGUAUAUGCUGCCUCUGAGCACUUAACUUCAAUGUCAUUGUUCCAGUUUGAAAGUGAUAAUGAGAGCCCCGCUUUGCAGCUUCGUUCAGCCAAUGGUUGCUACCUAGCCCAGCGGCGCCACAGGGCGGUGCUGGCAAAUGGGCACCCGCUGGAGUCUGACACCUUCUUCCGCAUGCACUGGAAUUGUGGCAGGAUCAUCCUGCAGUCUCCCAACGGACGCUUCUUGGGUAUCGCGCCCAACAGCCUGCUGAUGGCCAGUGCCACCAUCCCAGGCCCAAAUGAGGAAUUUGGGAUCCGAUUAGCCAACCGCCCCUUCCUCAUAUUGCGAGGUCGGUAUGGAUAUGUGGGCCUCUCUCCAGAACGCGACCUCAUGCAGUGCAACAUGGAUCAGCCCAACUGCAUUCACCUGCUGCCCUGCCGCCAGGGCAUCUACCACUUCCAGGCACAGGGUGGAUCCUUCUGGUCAAUAACAUCCUUUGGCACCUUUCGUCCUUGGGGAAAGUUUGCCCUCAACUUCUGUAUCGAGCUUCAGGGGAGCAACUUGCUCACAGUGCUGGCACCCAAUGGCUUCUACAUGCGAUCCGACCGAAGCGGCACCCUGUUGGCAGACAGCGAGUACAUUACCAAAGAGUGUAUUUGGGAAUUUUAG